GGUAAUGCAAGUGCCAUUGACAACAUUACAACUGCGGACACAAUAAGAGACCUUGCAAAAGAAAUAAUUGAUACGCAGAAUUUGGCCCACAGCGCAGUACAGACUAACACAGAAAAGGCCCAGAAAAGACAAAAGCAAUAUUAUGAUGCAAAACAUACAUGUCACAUUGUACGAUAUGUUGGGCCAGCCCUACUGGCAUCAAGCAGGAUACUUGUAACUCAGUGUAUCUCUUGGACACAGUAAAGGUAAAACAAACACACACUGUGUGUCAGUCAUACCUCCUAUAUGGUGCAGUGACCUAUGGACCUACACUGUAAAACAUGGCUGGACAUUGUCCUCAAUUCCCUACGCAGACACCUAGGUGGAGCCGUCGGUCUCCUCAGCAGCCCAUGGCCAUGGAGCAGGCACACAGGCUGCUCCUGGUGCAGACUGAGGCCAUUACCACCCUUCAGUAGCGUAUGGUAGCCCGACCAGGUAUGGUAGCCCGACCAGCCAGCCCUCAGGUCAUCUGCCCCAGAAAAGUGACACGGAGAUGUCCACAGAAGCGUUCCGGUCAUGGAGACGCUCCAUGCAGUGCUGGCUGGGGCUGAACGGGUGAACGGGUCCUGCACAUUCGCCUCCACUGCACCCCCGCCUUGCAACGCUCGCUCGACACCAGGUUCACUUAGGAGGAGUGGCAAGAGUUGGCGGUUGAUGAAGCCUUGGACAGCAUUGGGCGUAUCGCUCUUCAGGCAACCAAUCAAGCUGCUAACUGGUGCAGGUUCUUCAGUGCGAGCCAAGAACCCAGUGAAUCCAUCAGUGAGUACUUGGUCGGCUCAGUGUGUAGCGGACUGUGAGUUUACAUGCCCUCACUGUUACAGCAGCCUGGCCGAGUACAUGCUACUAUGUAAAUUAGUGAGUGGUUUGGGGAGUGUGGCAUUGAAAGGGGAAGUGUUUUGUAAGUGUGAGAUGUUUACUGAUGUUGACUCCCUGAGUAAGUUCUGUGUAGCAUUCGAAGCGGCACAUAAAGAUGCUUCCUGCACUAGUUUUGGAGGGAACUUUGGGUGGGAACAUGCGGCGUCGGCGGCUGCUACGACACCGCUAUCAGACGUACUGCAAGAAGGUAGCCUGUCUGAGGCGGCUGGAACCAGGAGAAAUACCCCUCAGCCCCUUUGUGGUAUAUGUGGGGCUAGACACAGGGAGGGGAAAGGCCCAUGUCCUGCGGAAACGCGUGUGCCACAACUGUGGUAAAACCGGACACAUUCAUAGGCAGUGCAAAAGUAAAGAGAAAGGGUUGGUUGGUGCCAAGGAUGCAGAGGCCUCUGGUGUAGUGAUAGCGGCUACAGGAAGGGCACAGAGCCAGCUGCAACUCUGGGUGACCGUCAGUGUUGCACAGGAAAAGGGAACUUCAGCCAGAAUACAAAUAGUGCCGGACACUGGAGCUCAAGUGUGCGUGGCGGAGCCAGACCUGCUGGAGACACUUGGCAUCGAGCCGGCGUCGCUUGCCCGCCGAGGUAGCCUGCAAGACGUGACGAACGUGAGCCUGAAGCCCAUAGGCGUAUUCACAUGUCAAAUACAGUAUGUUGAUGGCUCAACAACACAAGAGAUAUUCGUCAUGAAGACGGCCACUCUGUUGUAGUGAUAGCAGCUACAGGAAGCGCACAGAGCCAGUCGCAACUCUGGGUGACCGUCAGUGUUGCACAGGAAAAGGGAACUUUGGCCAGAAUACAAGUAGUGCCGGACACCGGAGCUCAAGUGUGCGUGGCCUGGCCGGAUCUGCUGCAGACACUUGGCAUUGGGCCAGCAUCACUUGCCCGCCGAAGUAGCCUGCCGAGGUAGCCUGCGAGACAUGGCAAACAUGAGCCUGAAGCCCAUGGGCGCAUUCACAUGUCGAAUACAGCAUGGUGGUGGCUCAACAACACAAGAGAUAUUCGUCACGAAGACAGCCACUAAGUGCUAUAUUUCGCUGUAAGCAUGCAAGGACCUGGGCCUGGUGCAUGCUGACUUCCCGCAUCAGACUCCAGUGGUGGCAUCAGCUAACAUUGGUGGUGGCGAUACUGGCCCCGCAUCACCUGGUGGACCACCACACCCCGCCCACCACAGCCCCGCUUCCCCCACUAGAAGAGAACAUUAAGCAGAUGGAAGACUGGCUCCUGCGUCAUUUCUCAGGGUUGACCUUCAACGUUGACAGAAGUCCCUUACCAGUGAUGAAAGGUGAGCCGCACGUCAUCCACCUACUGCCAGGCGCCAAACCAUAUGCCUGCCAUACUCCGGCGUCGGUGCCAUGGCACUGGGAGGUGGAAGUAAAGAAACAGCUGGAUGAGGACGUGAGGAAGGGGAUUCUGAAGAAGGUGCCAGUGGGGGAACUGACAGAAUGGUGUGCGAGGAUGGUGGUAGUCGCCAAGAAAACCGGCCAGCCCAGAUGCACCAUCAACUACCAGAAACUCAACGCUGCCUGUAGGAGGAAAACAUACCAUACACCGACACCGUUCGACAUGGUCUCUGGCAUUCCACGGCACACAUACAAGACCACAGCUGACACACACUAGGGCUUCCACCAGGUGGAGUUGCAUGAAGCCAGCAAAAAGCUGAUGAUUUUCAUCACCCCUUGGGGCCGGUACAGGUACUGCAGAACUUCCAUGGGGCAUUGCACUGCCCUAGAUGCCUACACCAGGAGAUUCGACAACGCCAUCAUGGGAAUUCCGAGGAAGUUCAAGUGUGUGGAUGACAUUCUCCUCUUCGAUGCCAGUGUGGAGGACGCAUUUUGGCACACGUACAAGUUCCUCAAGACGUGCGCAGCAAAAGGUGUAACACUGAAGCCAGAAAAGUUCAAGUUCUGCAGGAGACAGGUGGACUUCAUGGGCUUUCACGUUGGGUGGACACCUACAAGCCCACAGAGGAAAGAUUGGUUGUCAUCAGAAACUUUGACAUGCCAACACUGACGGACAUCCACUCCUGGCAUGGAUUUGUCAACCAGUUAGCGCCUUUCCUUGCCACAGCACCAGUUAUGGAGCCAUUCCAGAAGCUACUGCGGAAACCGCAAGAUAAAAAGGUAUACUGGGACGAAAGCCUUCUGGAAAAGUUUUGGCAGGCUAAGGAGAUAGUCUGCAGGCUCGCGGAGUCAGGUUAUGCGCCGGUGCAGGGCAAGGCACUGGCCAUCACUUGGUGCCUCCGGAAGGCUAGCCAAUUCCUGCUUGGGUGCCCCAACCUCAUCAUUGUCACUGACCACCGUCCAUUAAUGAAGCUACUGGGAGACAGAGAACUGAAGGACAUUGGGAACCCGAGACUGUUCGCGCUGAAGGAGAAAACGUUACAGUACAGGUUCCAGAUUAAGUACCUUCCUUGGAAACGCAACUCUGCAGCCGAUUUCCUGUCACGAUACCCAGCACUUCGUGAGCCACCAGAUGCUGAGGAUGAGGAGCAAGCCAGCGAUGUGGAACUAGUUGUGGUGGCUGCGACGGUGGCCGUGCUCGAGAACGACGAAAACAUCAUUAUGGAUAGCAUGACAAUGGUGAAGGCAGCCACAGAGGACCCAGACUAUCAGUUACUCAUCACAAAGGUGACGGAAGGAGAUUGGCACCCACAUCGGGCCCAGGAGCUGACGUGUUUGCGCCAGUUUUCGCCGGUACUUUCGUUGCUGGGGUGCGCCAGAGUCAGUCUCAACUGACGGCGGGACUAACUUGACCAGCGAAGAGAUGGGCAACUUCUUUGUGAAGUGGGGAGUGGGGAGAAGAGUUGCGUCCGCCCACUUCCCGCAGUCUAACGGUAGAGCCGAGGCAGCAGUUAGACUGCUCUGGGAAAACACUGGCCUGGGUGGCAGCCUCGACACCGACAGGACAGCAGUGGCUUUGCUGCAGUACUUGAACACGCCACUGCGUGGGGUGGACAAGUCACUGGCUCAACUGGCCAUGGGCAGGCAGUUGCGGGAUGGAAUACCAGUCCACAGGCAACACUACAAGGUGGACAUCCACUGGAAGACGACCCUUCGGGGCAGGGAGCGUGAAGCGGUGGGCCAACAGGAUGCAUGAAGCCUAAGGCAAGGGUUGCCCAGAACCCUUACUCCUAUCGCUCGGUGCGCAGGUGUGGCUGCAAGACCAGGCGUCGAAACUGUGGGACCGAUGUGGCAUAGUCACCGAGAUACUCCCGCACCAUCAGUACCUGGUUAAGCUUGAAGGGAGUAGGCGUAUCAUGAAAAGAAAUAGGUGACACCUGCGGGCCUUGAGAAACCGAGCAGCGCCUACCCAGCACACAACCAUCCUCUCCAUCGGCAACCCAGCCUGUUGCACAGCUGAGCCACCCAUCACGCCGCGCCAGACAGCCAGCCUGGAUGGCUGACUCUACCACAUAGUUAUAGGAGAUUGUAAGGAUACAUUUUGAUUGUAUUUUGCUAUGUUUAAUUUGCUUGCCUUUAUGUAUUAUUUGUUCAGUUAGGUUCUUUUGUUUAGUCAGAUAUAUUGCCCAUGUGUGUAAUGUACAUAUAUUUUGGAGGGGAGAUGUACGAUAUGUUGGGCCAGCCCUACUGGCAUCUAGCAGGAUACUUGUAACUCGGUGAUCUCUCGGACAGUAAAGGACAACUGAAGAUCUCCAUCAGCAAGCAUCCCUCCCUGCCCUCAACGAGAGCCUCCAUGCCAUGGCUAUGGCGGUCUGGCAAAGCCUCCAGGAAGAGAGAGAUGAACUGUACCAAAAAUUAGAAAGACUAAACAGGGAGGCGCCAGCGAACCAGCUCUUCACUAUUGAGAGGCGAGGCGCUCCUCCACCUCGAUACAAGUAAAAAAAACAUCUAAAAUAUUUGUAAAUUAAACUUAAUUACAGAUGUAAAUGAAGAAUAAUAAAUCCACCACCACUACAAUAGAAUGUAAAAUAAAUGAAGAAAUAGGAAAAUAGAAUGUAAACAAAAUGUUUAUAUUUAAGGCAUCAACUUAUAGGACAAACAUGUACAACAUGAUAAUUGCCGAAAUAAACACCAAAUAACCGGCAAUACAUGUUAACAAUAGCUCACUUUUACUAUUACUUGUGUUUUCUGUUUUUCGUGCUUUGUACCCCUCCCCUAUAAUUUUUUGUAUCCCCAAAUUGUAUUCACUUUCUUAAAUAAACUGUAAACUGUAAA